AUGCAGAACCCGAGCCAGGGCGUCGCGCCCCAGCUGCAACCCCAUGUCCACCUCAUCUCCAACCACCGCUUCCCCCACAUCGCCGCCCUCGACCUCGACCAUGCCCUCAAAUACCUCCUCGAUGCCCCGACAAUCGUCAAAUCCAUCGCCCCCAUGUCCUGGACCUACAUCCAAGCCCCCCAGGACGGCACGAUCUGGCUCGAAUGGCUUCCACCAAAUAAAGGCAGUGAUCAGUUCCCCUCCGAUGGCUACGUCUGGGGCGAUCACGAAACCACAUACCGCCACGACAUUCAUGGUUAUACCAUUGAGAGGAUGAAACAUACCAUCGGCCAUCGCAUGCAAUAUGAUCAGAUGGCUUCACAUGCCAGAACGAGGUAUCAUUUGAUUGCUAAGAAUCCUUCGGUCAAUGCUGCGCCACCGGAUCCAGCGUUGUGGAUUGUACAUUAUCAUCAGGCGGAGCAGAAUCGCAUUUUGCCGAGUAGUCAGGUCCCUUUUACACCGCAAAUGCAAAAAGUGAUGCAGGAGCGGCAAUGGCUGGAGAACCAGGGCAAGCUGGAGAGGAAGGACUUCAUGCUGCACGAUCGCCCGAGCUGGCCGAUGAUCAAUGUCCCUUCCGGCGCGACGAUGCAGAGACAAAUGGCUCAGCCAGGUUUCUACGGUGCCGGUGUGCAGCAGAAUCGCUACCCGCAGUAUUAUCCUCAGCAAGCCGGUGCCAUGUCCGCUCAACCUGCAGCGAAGCGUCAACGACCCAAUCCACCGGUACCCGGUGCGAGUGGCGAGGUGGCAAUGGCGCACGAUAUGACGAUUGAAGAUGAAGAGAACACUACCGGCGGCGACUUCUUCGACCACAUCACGCCGCGGGAGAUAAGCAUGACGAGGUAUAUGCAACACCACCGCUGGAUGGAAGAAGUCUUCUCCUCCCCCUACGCCAGUUCCCAAAUCGUCCCCGCUGAUCUCGGGAUGGGUCUCAUGGGCGAGCUGAAGGGUCUCACAGACGGGAUCCUUGCGCCACCGAAGUUGGAUCUGAUCGACUCGGAUCUACCGCCUAAGCCAAAGGAAGCAGCGCCCUUUACGAACCUGAGCAAAGACCAGCUGGCGGAGUUCGACAAACGCGUAGCGAAGCAUUUGGAGGAAGGUCAGGCGGAGAUCGAGAGGAUGAAGGCGGAGCAUGCGGAGAAAAUGCAGGAGUGGAAAAAGAGUAAGACUCUUAUGCAGGCGGAGAAGAGGCUGAGGUAUGCUACGUGGGAGGGGCAUGAGAAUGCAACGUCUGGUUUUCGGCUGGAGGAGAAUGGUGGGGUUGCUGUUGAAGGUGCUGCGGAGAAGGAGACGGUGGAGGAUAUCGUGAGGGAGGUCGAGGAGGUGCUGGGGGUAAAGAUUGCUGCGAGGAAGCAGGUGGCGGAAAUGGUGGAGAAGGGUGGGUUGGAGAGGGAGGAGGAGGUCGUGCUGUCGGAGGAGCGGAUGGAGGUGCAGGGUAGUAUGGAGGAACAGCAGAAGGGAUUUAUGGAGGAUGCGAAGGCCUUGCAGCAGCAGUCUAGGGUUGGGAGAGGGGAGAUCUUUCACGGUGAGGCACCACAGAUGCAGCAGCAGCAGCUAUCGGGUAUGCAGCAACCGCAGUACCCCAGCAUGCAGGCACAACAAGUCCAGCAGCAGCAGCAGUCUGAUCUCCAAGCUCAAAUGGCCGGGACUCCCACCGACAACCAAGCAAGCGGCAUGGACAGCACCAACUUCGCCGACACCUCCCUACUCGACGACAUGGAAAUGUCCAACACCAUCGACUUCGGCGACGACCCGGACAACGAAAACGAAAACGAAAACGAAACCACACCCUUCAACUCCAGGACUACCGCCACUGGCAGCACCAGCCAUCAAAACCCAGAAACGAUCAAAGGCUCCACGCUCCCCUCCGCCACCGCACCAGACCGAACAGGCGGCCUCCAGCCCUCCACUACCAGCGCGCCAGCGGGUCCCACGACAGCCACGGCAGACGAACAAAACAGGGGUCUCGCGCCUGGUUUUCAUCCUAGUGGUGGGGGAAGUUUGGGCGCUGCUAUGGCCGCUACUGCUACUGUGCCUAAUGCUUCGGCCAUGGCUGUAGCAGGUGGGACUACGACUUCUGAUUUUGACGGGUCUGGGAUGCUUGGUGCGGAGGGCACUGAGGGGAUGGGAGAGGAUAGUCAGUUCGAGGAUAAUAUGUUCGGGGACUUGACGAAUGAUGAGGAGGAUGAGGACGGCGGCCAAGGUGGUGCUGCGGAUUUGGGCGGAGAUGCGGGCGCGGAUUUUGAUUUUGGUGGCGUGGGUGGUGAUGGAGAGGGGGAGGGUGAUGGGGAUGUGGGGGCUGAGGGGUUGGGGGAUCUGAUGGACGAUAGUGCGUUUGGGGAGGCGACGUUCGGGAUGGAUGAAGAUGGUGGGGAGGAGGCGGAUGAGGGAACUGGAGGAGCGGCGGGCUUGAUGGGGAAUCUGGGCGCUGGGGCCGACGAGGAGGCUGCUGCCGAGCGGGAGGACUAG